GAAAAAUCUCUAUGUAUGGAGCAUGGAAAACGGAGAAUUAGUGAAAAUUCUAGAUGCGCAUUUUGGAAGAAUCAUUGCCUUGGAGCCCCUCACCAUUGGAAACUGGAAUUCUGUAAUAACGUCGUCGAUAGACAGAACCGUGAAGGUGUGGAACAUCAACAACAUCUUCGAGCAAGUGCACGUGAUCGACCGGCACGAGGUGCAGGUGGACGCGAUCGGGCUGUGCCAGUCGGCGGGGCUGGCCGUGACGGUGACGCGCGGCUGCGUGGGCAUCUGGGACCUGCAGAUCGGCCGUCUCAUUGCGCGCCUCGCGGACAGCCCUCUGGGGGCCAUCGUCACGCACGCGCUCAUCACGCCCUGCAGCAGGUA